CCUGGGGGUAAGCAGAUCAACAACAAAUUUUCAUAUUUGGGUGAACUAUCCCUUUAAAGGAUCACGCACGCUGCCUGUAAUUAAAAGGAGCAUGAGAAAGGUUUUAAGCAUAUUUUAUUUAUUUUAUGUCAACACACACACACACACACACACACACACACAUAUUCAAAAUCAUCAAUUGUCAAUAGCAGAAUUGUGUAGUUAUGGCAUCUAUUAGUAGGGACAAUCUUCGGAAGUCAAACCUUCAGUCUUUGGACACGCCCAUUUUGCCCACGUCUUAAGAAUACCAUUUCUGGAAACACCCAGAGACUGAACACAUUUUGCAGGGAGUGCCUUACCGGGAUUUACUAAGUAUUUAAGAAUAAAGCUUAGCUGCAAUGGUUGACUUUGACAGUGUUUAGGCAGUUGUUUGUUUUGCUGUGUGCAUUUGUGUUCACAGAAAAAUGGCAGACGUCGGUAUGUCAUGGCUUGAGGAUCAGUUCAACUGUUCAGUCUGUCUGGAUCUACUGAAGGAUCCAGUGAUCUUUCCCUGUGGACACAGUUACUGUAUGAGCUGUAUUACAGGCUGCUGGGAUCAGGAUGAUCAGAAGGGAGUUUACAGCUGCCCUCAAUGCAAACAGACCUUCACUCCAAGACCUGUUUUAGGUAAAAACACCAUGCUGGCUGAAGUGCUGGAGAAACUCAAGAAGACAAAACUACAUGCUACUCGCCCUGUUUGGUGUGAGUGUGACGUCUGUACUUGGGAUAAAAACAAAGCCAUCAAGUUUUGUCUGGUGUGUCGGAUCUCUUUUUGCCAAAAUCACCUCAAAGAACAUGACCGUUUCUUUCAAAGACACAGAAUGACAGAUGUCACGGGACGACUGCAGGAGAUGAUCUGCUCUCAACAUGAUAAACCGCUGGAAUAUUUUUGUCAUACUGACCAGCAGUAUAUCUGUUAUCUGUGUAUAAUGGAUGAGCAUAAAAACCAUGAGACUGUAUCAGCUGCAGCAGAGAGGAGUGAGAAACUGGUAUGUGCUGAAUGUGGAUAAUGAUCUGAACACCUGAACAUGUUGUUUCUCAUUCAUUUUUGAUCGCUUUUAUCAUAUUAAAACUAUUAUCUUCUACAAUAUUUCUAGAAGUUUAGUCUAUGGCUGAUUAUUAUUAUUAUUAUUAUUUAUUUAUUUAUU